AUGUAAAAUUUGAAAUAAUAUAUACAUACAGGGGCGGUAUAGGAUUCGAACCCCCGAUAUCACUGCUAAGACCCUCCGACUCGCCCACUCGAGCCGCUUAGCCCUUUUUAAAUUGGUGAUGAAGGUGCAUCAGGUUUAGGUUCUGCUUUAGCAAAUUGCAUUAAUCUCUCAAAUUUGACCCUUGAUCUUUAUAGCAAUUAAAUUGGUGAUGAAGGUGCAUCAGGCUUAGGUUCUGGUUUAGCAAAUUGCAUUAAUCUCUCAAAUUUGACACUUGAUCUUUAAUAGAAUUAAAUUGGUAAUGAAGGUGCAUCAGGCUUAGGUUCUGCUUUAGCAAAUUGCAUUAAUCUGUCAAAUUUGAAACUUAAUCUUAGCUGGAAUUAAAUUGGUGCAAUGGGUACAUCAGGCUUAGGUUCUGCUUUAGCAAAUAGAAUUAAUCUCUCAAAUUUAACACUUGAUCUUAGCUAAAAUUAAAUUGGUGCAAUGGGUACAUCAGGCUUAGGUUCUGCUUUAGCAAAUUGCAUUAAUCUCUCAAAUUUGACACUUAAUCUUUAUAGGAAUUAAAUUGGUAAUGAAGCUGCAUCAGGCUUAGGUUCUGCUUUAGCAAAUUGCAUUAAUCUCUCAAAUUUGACACUUUAUCUUAGCUCAAUAAAUGUAUAAUAAAAAUUCAAAGUAAAAAGCAAGUGUCUUAAAUCAAAAAGAUUAGUUGUCUUUAAAAUACUAUUAUGGUGAUAAACAACUGGCGAAAAAAGGAAUAAUAAAUAUUAAAUGUUUGAAUAAUAGUUUAUAUUUUAUUACAUAAUAUUUUGAAAAUGUUUAUUUAAACUAAAAUAUAAAUAAAUAAAUAAAUAAAUAAAUAGAUAGAUUUUAUUAUUGAUUUUAUA